AUGGGGCUCUCCACCGUCACCGCCGCACGCAUUCUCGCCGGGCAGCGCCUCGGAUCCUCCGGCGAGGACCACCACCUCACCUGGGACCGCUUCCCCGCCACCGCACUCGCCAGGACGUACAACGCCGACGCUCAGACGGGCGAGUCUUCGGCGUGUGCGACGGCGCUGCUGUGCGGAGUGAAGGCGAACCGAGAGACGGUGGGGCUGGACGCGCGCGCGCGCUUCGAGGACUGCCCGUCCAGCCACACGUCGCGCGUGCCGUCGCUGCUCUACUGGGCCCAACACAAAGGCAUGGCGACGGGCAUCGUGACGAACACACGCGUGACGCACGCGACGCCCGCUGCCCUGUAUGCCCACUCGGCUAGCCGCUACUGGGAGGACGACUCCAAGAUGUCGCCAGCUACGCGAAAGAUCUGCAAGGACAUCGCAAGGCAGCUCGUCGAAGACACACCAGGUCGCAAUAUCACGGUGGUGCUGGGCGGCGGGCGGCGACACUGGCUGCCGAGGGAGGCGCGCGACCCGGAGCUGGACGCUGAGGAGGGCCGCCGGCUGGACGGCCGCAACCUCAUCGAGGACUGGCUGCGCGACAAGAAGCGGCGCGGCCUGCGCGCCGCCUACGCCUGGAACCGCCAGCAGCUCAACCGGCUCGCGCGCACUCCGCUGGACCACCUCAUAGGGCUGUUCGCGUACUCGCACCUGGACUUCGAGGCGGACCGUGACACAGGUCCCGAGGGCGACCCGUCGCUCGCCGAGAUGGCGUUAGCCGCGCUGCAGCUACUGCGCCGCAGCCCCACCGGAUUCUUCCUCUUCAUAGAAGGCGGGCGCAUCGACCACGCGCACCACUACAACAACGCGUACCGCGCGCUGGACGAGACGCUGGCGCUGGACGCGGCGCUGUCCGCCAUCCUGCCGCUGGUGGACCUGCGCGACACGCUGGUCGUCGUCACGGCCGACCACUCGCACGUGCUCACCAUGGGCGCGCUCAACGCGCCGCGCGGCAACCCCAUACUCGGUGUGGACGGCAAGGUGUCCGACGUGGACUCGCUGGAGUACUCGGUGCUGCUGUACGGCAACGGGCCGGGGUACGCGUCGCCGCGCCUGGCGCCGGCCAACAGCAGCGGCGACCGCAACGCCGUGCACAGCUCGGCCGUGCCGCGCCAGUGGGCGACGCACGCGGGGGAGGACGUGCCCGUGUACGCGGCGGGCCCGCUCGCCACGCGCCUCUUCGCGGGCAGCGUCGACCAGACGUACGUGCCACACGCCGUCGCCUGGGCCGCCUGCCUGGGCCGCUACGCGUCGCGCUGCACCAACGCCAGCGGGGGCGGCGGCGGCGGCGCGCACGACGCGGACGGCCCGGCCGGCGCCUGCGACCGCGAGCGAGAGCGCGACCGCGCCGGCGCCAGCGUCGUCUUCCUGGCGAGCAGCGUGCAGGCGGACGCGUCGGGGGCCGGCCACGGACACGGCGCCGGCCCCGCCUCGGGCAGCGGGCCCAGCAUGCACAGGGCGCUGGCCGCGCCCGCGCUGCUGUGGCUCGCCGCCGCCGCCAGGGCGCGCCUCUGA